AUGUACACAAUAUUAAACCCAAUUCUGACCGUUCUAGCAUUACAAAAAAAUAAUACUUGUCUCAGAAAAAUCAUAGAAAAUGAUUUUUCAAAUGCGUCAACUUUGACUGUGCUUUCUGAUAAUUUUGCUGACAUUUAUGUACCAGAAAUACCAGUCGUUUUUCGCAAUUUCGGUAUCAAAAAUUUCUUAGUGUAUGGAGAUAAAUUCGAAAUUGGACAAAAUUUUAAUCCGAAAGGAAAAUAUGUGUUUGUGUCCGAAAAUCAAUCCAAAGUUUUAAAACUAGUAGAAGAAAAUCAACUUAAAAAAUUUCUGGUGGUUCAAAAAGGACAAAUUUUGUAUCCUUAUAACACAAAAUCUUGUACGACACUACAGUUAGUGAAAUCUAGAAAUUGUCACUACCCCCAUGACAUUUUUAAGAAGAAGAAAUUUUUUGAUAAAAAUUGUCGUCUCAAAGUGGGUUAUAUCAAAACACCUCCGUAUGUUAUCAAUGUAUCACAUCCCCAACGACCUGGAGUAAUGGUUUCUUUGAUGAAUUUAAUAUCGGAAUUAAGUGGUUUCAAAUUGGAAUACCAAAACUCAAAUCGGUACCAAUACGAACUUUUAAGUAAUGGUACCAUUCAUAAAAUUUCAAGGGACUUAGACAAAAGUAUCAUCGAUGUUGCUAUUGGUCAAUUGGCUUUAAACGACACCAAAACCAACCCUUUUGACUACGGACCUGUCAUUUAUAGUGACUGUCUCCAUUUAGUAGCCCCAAAACCCAAAAAACUGAAAUCUUAUCGAAAGCUUUUCGUUGUAUUUAAUCUAGAAUUGUGGAAAAAGAUUUUCAUUGGAAUUGGCGUCAUGAUACUCGUCUUCUACAUUUUUGCUCUAUGUGAAGAUUUCGAAAAUGCAAGUUUCAUCAAUUCAAUGUUUGAUGUGUUCAUGAUUUGUACUGGUGGUGGUGUCUCCCAAAUCCCCCAAUGGCUGUCUUUUCGCAUUUUAGUGUCUUUUUUUCUUCUUUUUUGCCUGAGUUUGGACUCGAUUUAUCUCGGAAAUUUAAGUAAUAUCUUCGCCCAAAACUCCUACGACGUCAAGGUUAAUAACUUUGAAACAGCAGGUGCUGUCAAAAUCGUGCUUUACGUUGACUGGCGUGUUGAAAGACAUUUACUUCUCGUUUACGUAACUUCACGUUACAAAGCAGCCGCCAAAAAACGCCUUUUUAUCACAAAUCACUCUCAAACUUAUCUUAUGAACCACACAGCUUUGACAAAACAAAACGGUACUUUUCUUUUCAAGAGUGUCCUCGAAGCGUUCCCUUCAGAAGAGUCGCUUCUUUUCCAUUUUAGGCUCACUACUGAUUAUCUCACCUUUUUGGUGGCGUUCUAUAUGAACAAGAAGAUUCAUUUUGGGGAAGCGUUGGCGUUUUGGGGACAAGAAAUCGUAGAAAGAGGCUUUCUGGUUAAGUGGUUCAAUGAUAUUCGGAGGAGUAACGUCCGACCGGAGAUUCUUCCAGAAGAAGAGAAAAAAAUUGUGGUUUUGAAAUUGGCACAUUUUGAAGAAAGUUUCAGGGUUUUACUGGGAGGAUACGCUCUUGGUUUGAUAGCCUUUAUUUUAGAGUUUGUGUUUUUGAAAUUGGAAAAGAUCGGAUUUGUACAGAAAGUCAAAGAUAAUGUUAUGUUUCUGUUGAGGCUCUUGAAGCCACCGGAGAGAGUUUUCAAAGAAAGGAUUAUGUAAUUUGGAAAAACAUAUUUUUUUGUGUGUAACAGAAUUAAAA